GCGUGGCCCAGCGCGCGAGCCGCUUAUAAAGGUACAAGUGCUUUCACCCUCAUCCCGAAGGGGACAGCUCCUAGGAGCCUUCCUUCCUUGGGGUCCCUGGCUUACGAGACCGCUCGUGCCGGCUCAGUACCUUCUCACGGCCACAGCUGUCUUGAGGUCUCUACGCUGGUGAUGAUGUCCAUGUUCAGACUCUCCAUCCCCAUCUCGGCCUCAGAGCUUCUCCUGGCCUCCACCGUCUUCUGCUUGGUACUCUGGGUGGUCAAGGCCUGGCAGCCUCGGCUUCCCAAAGGCCUGAAGAGUCCACCGGGGCCCUGGGGCUGGCCCCUGCUCGGGAACGUGCUGACCUUGGGCAAGAGCCCCCACCUGGCGCUGUCCAGGCUGAGCCAGCGUUAUGGGGACGUGCUGCAGAUCCGCAUCGGCUCCACCCCCGUGCUGGUGCUCAGUGGCCUGGACACCAUCCGGCAGGCCCUGGUGCGCCAGGGGGAUGAUUUCAAGGGCCGGCCCGACCUCUACAGCUUCUCUCUGGUUACCGACGGCCAAAGCCUGACCUUCAGCCCAGACUCCGGACCAGUGUGGGCUGCGCGCAGGCGCCUGGCCCAGAACGCGCUGAAGAGUUUCUCCAUUGCCUCCGACCCGGCUUCCUCGUGCUCUUGCUACCUGGAAGAGCAUGUGAGCAAGGAGGCCGAGGCCCUUCUCAGCAGGCUGCAGGAGCAGAUGGCAGAGGUUGGGCGCUUUGAUCCCUAUAGAUACAUAGUGGUGUCGGUGGCCAACGUCAUCUGUGCCAUGUGCUUUAGCAAGCGCUAUGACCAUGACGACCAGGAGCUGCUUAGCUUAGUCAACCUGAGUAAUGAGUUUGGAGAGGGGGUUGCCUCUGCGAACCCCUUGGACUUCUUUCCCAUCCUUCGAUACCUACCCAACCCUGCCCUGGAUUUCUUCAAGGACCUGAAUAAGAGAUUCUACAGCUUCAUGCAAAAGAUGGUCAAGGAACACUAUAAAACGUUUGAGAAGGGCCAAAUUCGGGAUGUCACAGACAGCCUGAUCGAGCACUGUCAGGAUAAGAGGCUGGAUGAGAAUGCCAAUAUCCAGCUGUCUGAUGAGAAGAUUGUUAAUGUUGUCUUGGACCUCUUUGGAGCUGGAUUUGACACAGUCACAACUGCCAUCUCCUGGAGCCUCCUGUACUUGGUGACAAACCCCAAUGUACAGAAAAAGAUCCAGAAGGAGCUGGACACAGUGAUUGGCAGGGCACGGCAACCCCGGCUCUCUGACAGGCCCCAGCUGCCCUACAUGGAGGCAUUCAUCCUGGAGACCUUCCGACAUGCUUCCUUCGUCCCCUUCACCAUCCCUCAUAGCACCACAAGAGACACGAGUCUGAGUGGCUUUUACAUCCCCAAGGGACGUUGCGUCUUUGUGAACCAGUGGCAGAUCAACCAUGACCAGAAGCUAUGGGGUAACCCGUCUGAGUUCCAACCAGAACGAUUCCUCACUCUCGAUGGCACCAUCAACAAGGCACUGAGUGAGAAGGUGAUUCUCUUUGGUUUGGGCAAGCGGAAGUGCAUCGGUGAGACCAUCGCUCGCUUGGAGGUCUUUCUCUUUCUGGCCAUCCUGCUGCAGCAGGUGGAAUUUAGUGUGCCAGAGGGCACAAAGGUAGAUAUGACCCCCAUUUAUGGGCUGACCAUGAAGCACGCCCGCUGUGAACACUUCCAAGUGAGGGUGCGCACUGAGGGGGCUGAGAGCCCUGCAGCCUAGACUCUGUCUACCUGGCCUGUCUGGGUGGCCGGGCCAGGGGGCUGGCCCGGGGUCAGGGGGGUGUUCUAAGCUAUGGCCUGAAACCCACAGAUACUGGUCUGGCUGGUUUUUGCUUUCUGGGCUGCGGGAAGCCUGAAGGCUCAUGCCUGCCCACCACUCUGGACUUGCUCCUCUGCAUACUGACCACAGACAGUGGACACAGCAGGGCCACGAAGGAGCAGAUGGGAUCUUCUGGAGCUGUGCUUGAGCCAGGAGGCUUGGUAGGAUUAGGAGGUCCUCAAGCCCCUGGAAACCUCGAGGGAAUGCUCUAGAAGCCCCUGAGCCCAAUGACUGGCUGGCUUUCUGUGGUGACUGACUGGUUUGAGAAACAUUCAGAGCAGGCUACACCAGAGCCUGUCCAAUCGCUUUGACUAUUGGGAGCUGGCAAGAGUGAAGGGAAGAGGCGCAGAGGUGGUCUCCCAGUUUGAACAAGGCUGAGCAAUCUGACCACAUCUUUCUGGGACACAGUGAUACCUUUUUCUGCUCUCCCUGCAGGCAGGAACAGGGCUGCCUCCUAGCCUUGGAAGGCCCCUGUUCCUGUCCAGGAGGGGUUGGGGACUUGAAUCCAAGAGGAGUAGAGAGUGGAGGCAGUACCCAGAUUCAGGCACCAGAGACCAAGUCUCUAUGCUCUAUGUAAAAAAUGCCUUUUAAAAUGUUUGUACCAAAAAAAUAAAAUAAAAUAAAAUGUUUGUACCAAUAAAUAAAUAAAUAAAUAAAUAAAUAAAUAAAUAAAUAAAAUAAAAUAAAAUAAAAAAAUGUUUGUACACAAGAAGCUUUUAUCCAGCCUGCGUUGUACUGGUAUGUCUGCAUUUAUCGUAUAUAAGAGCUUAAGAACAAUUUAUUGAGUGCAAUAGAGAAAAUUCUAAUCCAUGUAUCCAGAAAUGUGUAAGAAACAUCUACUUAAGCUAACUAAAUAAAAGUAUUAUUCAGAAGUC